AUGAACACCUCUGGGGGAACCUCCACUGGAUGGAUGCAAUUCUACGAGCAUACGAGUGCCGAUGAAGUGUCGGCACCGUCUACGGGAUUCUCCGAUGCCACUGCAAUAACCGCAAGUACCGUCUCUUCCUCGAAGCCGAUAAGGCGGCGGCCUAGAGUUUCAAAGAGAAAACCGACCACCCUUCUCAAUGCCAACGCCAGCAAUUUUCGAGCCCUGGUGCAACAGUUUACAGGUUGCCCCGCAACGCACCUUUCAGCCAACAGGAGAGGCCCGAUUAACUUGAAUUUCGCUCUCGGUAAGGAACAUAAUAUAAGCGGCACUGCAACUUCCGUAAUGCCAGCCGCUGGCAACCACUAUUAUUAUCGACAAAGUCAUCGAGAGAACUCAUCUCAGCAACAGCAGCAAUCGUUUGGGAAUGUUGAUGCCUUGUUUAGCUACUCUAGCAGUAGAGCUAACGCAGAUCGGAUCCUGGACGAAUUUGAGUUGGAUGAUAUUUCUUUACAGGCUUUUAAUGGGGACGUCCUUUACUCCAAUGGAUAUGUAAAUGAUGGAAAUUACUUCUUGUAA